AUGAUGAAAACAGGAGGUCGCUAUUUUCUUAAAAUGGCAGAGAUGGAUUUAAAAACAGCCACAUCAACGAUGGAAGCACUGGUCCGUAUCAGCUCUAACAUGAAGAGCCUGGAGCGUGAGCUACAUUGUCCUGUGUGUAAGGACAUAGUCAAACAGCCUGUGGUCCUGCCAUGCCAGCACAGUAUCUGCCUCAUGUGUGCCUCGGAGGUUUUAGUGGCAAACGGCUACCCGCUUCCAGAACUUCCCCCAGAGCCAAACUCCCCAGCCUCCACACCCAACACCCGCUCACCCCGUCAGGCCCGCAGGCCUACACCUAAGGCUGAGCAGCGACCUAUUGACCGCGUGCUGCGGGCAGGUCCUCACCCACCUUCGCCAUCCAUGCCCCGUUCUCCGGGAUAUGGGACCUAUCCAGGGCGACGCCGUAAGGAGGGCCCACCCCUGGUGAUGAUGUUCCCCUGUGGCCCCUGCGGCCGAGAUGUGGAGCUGGGAGAGAAGGGCCUUACUGACUGUCUGCGCAACCUCACCUUAGAGCGUAUAGUGGAGAGGUACAGACACACAGUAAGUCUGGGCAGUGUGGCUGUGAUGUGCCAGUUCUGUAAGCCUCCUCAAGCUCUGGAGGCCACCAAGGGCUGCGCUGACUGCAGGUCCAAUUUCUGUAAUGAGUGCUUCAAGCUGUAUCACCCAUGGGGGACACCACGGGCACAACAUGAACAUAUUCAACCCACACUCAACUUCAGACCAAAGGUUCUGACCUGUCCGGAGCAUGACCAGGAGAAACUACAGUUCUAUUGUAGGUCUUGUCAGCGGCUGCUCUGCCCUCUCUGCAAACUGCGGCGUGUCCACACUGGACACAAAAUCCUGCCAGUGGCCCACGCAUACCAAGCCCUGAAGGAGAAGAUUACGAAGGAGAUGAACUACAUUCUGUCCAACCAGGACACAGUUCUGGGUCAGAUUACCCAGCUGGAGAGUUCCAUCACUCAGACUGAGGUAAACAGUGUGUCAGCCAGAGAGCAGCUGGCUCAGAGCAUCAGGGAUCUGACGGCUGCUCUGGCCGAGCGCCACGCUUCUCUCACCCAGGCUCUGGAGACAGCGCGGCAGAAACGAGGCGAGGCGCUGGCUGCUCAAGUAGCAGAGAGACGGGGAUUGAUGGAACACGCAGGGCUCAUGGCUUUUACCCAGGAGCUGCUGAAAGAAACAGACCAGCCCUGCUUUGUGCAGGCUGCUCGCCAGACUCAUAACAGGCUGAGCAAAGCAAUUGAGAAUCUCCAGCAUUUCACUUUGGCUGCUGAUCCAUCCUUCAGACACUUCCAGCUGGAUGUCUCCAAAGAACUCAAACUCCUGACAGAGUUGAACUUCAUCCAGGCUCCCCUGGCUCCAGUGAUUGAUACCCAGCGCACCUUGGCCUACGACCAGCUCUUCCUGUGUUGGCGGCUGCCCCAAGACUCUGCACCCGCCUGGCACUUCUCUGUUGAGUAUCGGCGUCGGGGUGUGGUACCAGGAGGAGCGUCUAGAGGCGGAAUCAGAGGAGGAUUGGCUGCCGCCCGCUGGGGCUGGCAGCGGUUGGACGAAGUGAGUGAGAGCAGCGCUGUGAUUGACAGGUUGGAGAUGGACAGCGUGUAUGUGCUGCGGGUGAGAGGCUGCAACAAGGCGGGCUACGGGGAGUACAGCGAGGAGGUGUACCUGCACACCCCACCUGCACCAGUGCUCAACUUCUACCUGGACUCUCGCUGGGGUCUCCAUGCUGACCGGUUGGUGGUCAGUAAAGAGCAGCGUUGUGCUCGCAGCGUCCCUGGUCUCUCUCUGCUGCAGGCCGCUGACAACGCCCUCACUUCCUGUCACCUGACCUCGGAUCUCCUGGUGGGGGAUGUGGCUAUUACACAGGGACGGCACUAUUGGGCAUGCUCAGUGGAGCCUGGGUCAUACCUAGUGAAGGUUGGAGUUGGUCUAGAAUCUAAACUGCAGGAGUGGUUUCACCUUCCACAAGACAUGGCCAGUCCCCGCUACGAUCCAGACAGUGGACAUGACAGCGGAGCAGAGGAUGCCCUGGACUCUGCUCCACCAUUCUGCUUCCUCACUAUGGGGAUGGGUAAGAUCUACCUGCCGCAGCACAGUUACCACCAACACCACAGUAAUCAUGGGAACGGUGUCCGCGACCCCAUCAGCAACGGCCCCUCCUCACCCACAGGCCUCACCUACCCGCUGCCACCCCGGCUUGGUGUGUGCCUUGACUUUGAGAAGGGUCGUGUCACCUUCUACGAUGCCCACUCUCUGCGACCUUUGUGGGAAGGUCAUGUAGAUUGUUCUGGCCCCGUGUGCCCGGCUUUCUGUUUUAUUGGUGGAGGGGCGCUGCAGCUGCAGGAGCUGGUAGCCAAUCGCAAUGCAGAUCAGACUCCAGUGAGAAGGGUUACCAUCCAACCUCGUGUCUCUAAUUUAAAUAACAACUGACAGCUGAUCUGAAGUCAUAUGGUUAAUUGGAAUGUAAUUGGUAAUUGUGAAGUAUUUACUCAGCUAGAGCGAAAAGUUAGACAUCUCAGCGAUUUUGUUUUGUAUUUAAUUUUCUUUGUAUAAGAGAAAUGUUUCUAUAGCAAAAAAUAUGCAAUGUAAUUAAGUUUUUUACAUUUUUGUUAUAUGCAGUUUUGCAAGACCUAUUGCUUAAGUAGUGUCUGGUAUAUCCAGCACUUAAUAUGUAAUUAUAUCUUUGAUGCUUGCACUUGUAGCCAGCCUAUAUUGCAUAUGUAUAUAAAGCUAAUGUAGAUACAGCGCCACACAACGCCAUCCUUCCUGUAGAAGCUUUAUCUCUGUCAUUUCAUGUCCUUAAUGUAAAAAGCUGUAGCUUAUGUUUUAGAGAUAUAAACCAUAUGCGAGUACAAAAGAUUUCUUUCCAGUUAUACAACCAUUAUGAUCCCAACCAAAGUUAUUGUUUUUCUGGGGUGUAAAUGUGGUAAAUUAGAGGUAGAGAGGAACAAUGAGGCAGUGCUGUAAUUAGAAGCUCCAAUUAUACCUCUGCUGCACAGCACAGAUUAGCUGCUGCACAGCUAAUCACUAGUUUCCGCAGUUCGGGUUGUGCAUUGCUAGUCUGUAUUUCAAAUACAUGUGUCUGAUGACUGUGUGUGUGUGUGUGUGUAUGUGUGUGUGUGUGUGUGUGUGUGUGCAUGUGUGUGUUUACUUCCCUAUGUGCAUGGGUACGUGUGUGGUUUGACUGAUAACAGCAUUGAUUCAUUGGCUGGUGCUAAAAAGUUGUUUUCUCGUAAAUAAUACUUUUUCCCCCACCAACCUUGCUUGAUUGUAAGUUAAUGAGCAGUGCUUCUUUUAAAAUGAUUACCAGAUUAAAUCCAUGUAAACUUCACCUGCUGGCAGAAUGUUUGCAAAAGAAAAUGGAUUAA